GUAUAUAUAUGAACAUAACCUUCAAAAAAACAAAACGCCAAAUUCGCAGGCAAAUACAUCAUAGAAAAUAUAGUCAUCGCGUGAAUCAAAAUUUUAGUAAGUCUCCUCGACUAAAAAAUUCAUCAUUUAUUUAAAACAAGUGAUUGAAUGAAAACAAGAAAAAAUAAUUUCUCUCUAACCUUGAGGCAAAAAUUAAAAAUUUCAAUAAACAUUCUGCCAUUCAAUACAUUAUAAAGAAAAUGAAUCAAUUUACAGAUUAAAACGUGCUUUUAUCGAUUAAUGGGAGCUUCUCACGCUGGAAAACAAACGAAAAACAUGAACAGUAAAAAUUCCCAGUCAAAUAGUAAUAAUGCCGGCCAGGAGAAUGCCAGCAGCAGUGCAAGACCACUUUCGAUUGAAGCACCUCGUUCACAGAGUGAAAAUCAAUCGAGUGGACAACCAUUGCCAAAUCAACCACGACAACCAUAUAAUUUACCAGGACUUAUGCGAUUUUCAUUGGAAGCAAAGGGAUCCGAUACAUCUAAUCAAUCGCAUAUACAACCAUUGGAUGAGGAGCGAAAAGCAUUUUUAAAAAACGCUCUAAAUUCAAUGACGAUAAAUGUAAUCGAGGAAUUAAAUGAAUGCGUGAAAUUUCUACAAAAUGUAAUUGAUCUUCAAAUUGAUGAAGAUCCAACGGAAUAUGAAUCGGCAAUUGAGGCGAUUUCGGAUUAUUGCGACAGAGCCGAUACUGCAAAUGAUUUUUAUAAAAUUGGCGGAUUCUCAAUAAUUGGAGUGUGUUUGAAUUCCAUUCACAGUGGAAUUAGAUCGCGAAUUGCCAAUUUAAUUGCCGUAUUAUCGCAAAAUAAUCCAUUUUGUCAAGAGAAAAUAUUGUCAGCUGGUUAUAUACCAAUUUUAUUGAAUAUGGUUGAUAGUGACCUAGACGAUCAAGCAAGAGUUAAGGGACUUUAUGCCGUUUCUUGUGUAGUGAGAGAAUCCGAGAACGGAUUGAAACACAUUGAAGUGAACGAUGGUUAUUCCGUUUUAUUACGAGCAAUUCAGAGUCCAGUGGAAAAAUUACAAACUAAAUCCGCCUUUUUACUAUCGUCACUCUGCAAUCUCAAUUUAAAUGAAUUAAAAUUAACGCUCAUAAAAAUGGGACUCAUUGAACAAGUUGCUGCUCUUCUAACAAUGGGCAAUCUUCGUCCGGAAACAAAAUUACAAUUGUUGAGAGUAUUGAGUGGAUUGACGAAUAAUGGAUAUUUUCCAGCCUUGAAAGAAUGUCGUCGACCUGAAUUGUGUCUGAAGCAGACACUCGAGAGGCAUUUGCAGGAAUCGAAAAAAGAAGAAAGUAUAGAUCGCGAGGAUAUUUGUAAAGAUCUUCUAGAUAAAGUAUUUGCCGACAAGAAAUCACAAGAUCAGGAGAGAUAAUUUAUUAGCAAACUAAACAACAUCGAUAUCUAUAAAUAAUUCCUUUGAAAUGAAAAAAAAUCGCAUUAAUUUCAUUUAUCAUGCAAAAUAUGUACAAAAA